AGAAUUUUGAAUCCUAUUCAAGAUUUAGAAGCACUACCCAAAGGAGCCAUUGAACGGUUAGAAAAAGCCCGAACUCGAGGGAAGUUCGUAAAAGCAUCAAGAAAAGUUGCUCGGAUAUUAAUGAGUGAGGCGUAUUCGAGUCAUGUUAUAAAUGCCUUAGCUAAACCCAUUGAUGGUCGAGGUGCAAUUUUAUCUUCCGAAUCUCACUUAAUUGAAUCUCUCACUCCAAGGAUUGUUUUGAGGCAUUUUGUAUAUGUGCCUCUUCAAGUAGGACUUAUUGCUUGUUGA